AUGAUGUAUGAUAAAUUAUAAUUUAAAAGGUUUCAAUUAGGUAUUGUGAAUUUAAUUUAAAUUGUAUCCAAACGCCGAAAUUGUGCGAUUUUCGAUUUGACCUAAUUAGAAAAAAGUAGUUGUAAUGAUAAAUCUUGAAAAACUAGACUCUUUAAACAACAAGAAACACAAUGUAUAGAAAAUGAAUAUGAAAAAAAAUUGGAUUCGAUUGCAUCUGUUAAAAGAGUAUUAAUAAUUACUUUUUGA